AUGCCCACUCCCAUCGACCGCGCAGUGCAACAACGUGGACCGUUCUUCGCAUUCGCCGCUAUAGUUGCAGGCGUUGCAGCAUGGAGUAUCUGGGGUCAGGAUAUCUUUCCCAGUCAAGAUCCUACUGGUGAUCCAGAAACAUGGACCCAUGACCAAUGCGUUACCUGGCUUCAGCAUCGAAAUCUACAUCCCUCUCCCCUAGCGACAACUGCAGAACUGCUGGAGCGGAUCAAGGCCAACAUGAGGGUGUCUAGAGAGCGAGCAUCCGAUCAAUGA